AUGGAGGAACGGGAAAGGAUCCAGGUGGAAGCAAGAAAGUUGGUCCCUGGGGAUGAUGGUCAACCAAUAGCUAAUAUGGACCUCAUUAAUGCAAGUUUCCCUCUGUCCAGGCCUGACUGGGACCACAACGAGGCAGAAGGUAGGGGACGACUACUCAUUUAUCGCCAGACUCUAAUGGCAGGUCUCAGGGCUGCUGCUCUCAAGCCCACCAAUUUGGCUAAGGUAUAUGCAGUAAUGCAAGGUAAGACAGAGAGUCCAGCGGCAUUCCUAGAAAGGUCGAUGGAAGCCUUUAGACAGUAUACCCCCAUGGAUCCCGAGGCCCCUGAGAAUCAGGCAGCAGUAGUUAUGUCCUUUGUCAACCAGGCAACCCCUGACAUUAAAAGGAAGCUCCAGAAAUUAGAGGAUCUGGAAGGAAAACAGGUUCAGGACCUGCUCCGUAUAGCACAACGGGUCUACAAUAGCCGGGAUACCCCAGAGGAUAAACAGCUGAAGGUGACCAAGGAAAUGACCAAGGUCCUGGCCACCUUUGUCCAGAGGGAAUCAGCCCCUUCAAGGGGAGCUCAGAUGGCCCGACAAUCUAGAUGCCCUCUAGAUAAUGAUCAAUGCGCCUAUUGCUGGGAAAAAGGGCAUUGGGCACGUGAUUGCCCUAGGAAAGACCUCCUCGUGAACCAGACCACAGCCAUGGGAGCCAAGACCCACUCCCAUCCUAUCCACACAGGAUUCGGAUUAGGGGGGACCGGAUCCUCCUGGGUCCAGGGAGCCACCAGAACUAGGAGAUACCCCCGGACCACCCAACGGACAGUUAACUUGGGUAGAGGGGAGGUAACACAUUCCUUCUUGGUCAUCCCUGACAGCCCCUGCCCCUUACUAGGAAGAGACUUACUCACUAAAAUGGGAGCACACAUUUACUUCCAACCCGAGUCGCUCAGCUGUCCCAUGGUGACCGACUCACGGAACCUGUCAUUAAUAAUACUCACAGUGCGUUUGGAAGAUGAGCAUCUGCUCUACCAAACUGCACUCCCUUGAGAGCAGGAUAUCGAGUCCUGGCUACGCUGGUUCCCGGAAGCCUGGGCUGAAACAGGGGGCAUAGGGCUGGCAAAACACCGACCAGACCUCUUUAUAGAGCUCAAACCUGGGGCCGACCCCGUCUGGGUCAAACAAUACCCCCUAUCUGCAGAGGUUAAGUCAGGUAUCACCCCCCACAUCCAUCACCUCCUGGACUCUGGGGUAUUACGCCCCUGCCACUCGGCUUGGUACACUCCCCUGCUGCCGGUGCGUAAACCCAACAGCAGGGAUUACCGGCCAGUGCAAGACUUGAGGGAAGUUAACAAACGGGUUAUGGACAUACAUCCCACUGUCCCCAACCCUUACACGCUCCUCAGUGCCCUGAGGCCAAACAAGAAGUGGUAUACCGUUCUCGACCUGAAGGACGCUUUUUUCAGUAUACCCUUAGCGCCCACAAGCCAGGAACUCUUCUCAUUCGAAUGGACAGACCCUGAGAGAGGCAUAAAUGGGCAGUUGACAUGGACGUGUCUCCCGCAGGGAUUCAAGAACUCGCCCACCCUGUUUGAUGAGGCCCUCCACGAGGAUCUAAGUGAGUACAGAAAUCAGAAUCCCGAUAUAACGCUCUUGCAAUAUGUAGAUGAUCUUUUAAUAGCUGCAGAGACUCAACAAGCCUGCCUCCGAGGAACCGAAAACCUUCUUCGAACCCUUGGUGACUUAGGAUACCGAGCCUCAGCAAAGAAGGCCCAGAUUUGUAAGCCUGAAGUAGUGUACCUAGGGUACUUGCUCAAAGGAGCAAGAUGGCUCACUGAUGCCUGCAAGGACACUGUGCUCUGCAUCCCCCGACCUACCUCACCACGCCAGGUAAGAGAGUUCCUGGGGACAGCAGGAUACUGCCCACUAUGGAUACCGGGCUUCGCCGAGAUGGCCAAGCCUCUGUACGCAGCUUCCAGAAACCAGCAGGAUUUUGAAUGGAUGGAGGAGGCACAAUGAGCCUUCCAGCAGAUAAAAAAGGCCCUCCUCUCUGCCCCAGCUCUGGGUCUACCAGACAUUUCUAAACCGUUCCACCUGUUUGUGGAUAAGCAUAAUGGGGUGGCUAAGGCAGUACUGACUCAAAGUCUAGGCCCCUGGCCUAGGCCCGUAGCAUACCUUUCAAAUAAAUUAGACCCCGUGGCAGCCGGGUGGCCCCCUUGCCUACGGAUGAUAGAAGCCACUUCCCUAACGGUAAAGGACGCCGAUAAGCUGUCCAUGGGUCAGGAAUUACAUGUGACCAUCCCGCAUGCUAUUGAAGGCGUCCUUAAACAACCUCCAGACCGAUGGAUGAGUAAUGCUCUCUUGGUCCAUUACCAAGGACUGCUACUGAACCCCUUAAGAAUAACCUACACUUCCCCUCGGGCCCUAAACCCUGCAUCCCUGUUACCUGACCUGGACUUGGAUGCACUCCUCCAUGACUGCGCCGACAUAUUGGCCCAGACUUAUGGGCUACGAGAUGACCUGCAGGACUACCCCCUUGUGGAUGCCGAAGUUAUCUGGUUCACCGAUGGCAGCAGCUUCGUUCACCAAGGACAAAGGCACAGAGGGGCCGCGGUGACGUCUGAAACAGAGGUUAUUUGGGUAGAGGCAUUACCUCUGGGCACCUCAGCACAAAGAGCUGAGUUAAUCGCCCUGACCCAGGCCCUAAAGUUGGGGCAGGGCCUCCGGAUGACUGUGUACACGGACAGUCGAUAUGCCUUUGCCACAGCCCACAUCCAUGGAGCAAUUUACAGAGAAAGGGGGAAAGACGAGGGGAAAGACAUUAAAAACAGGGACGAAAUUUUGGCCCUACUAACGGCCAUCUGGGCCCCCAAGAAACUGGCCAUAGUACACUGCCCCGGCCACCAGAAACCAAAUGAUCCGGUUUCCCGGGGAAACAACCUUGCUGACCAGACUGCUCGCCAGAUAGCCCAUGGGACCAUUCCAGUGUUGCCUAUACAGCUGCCUGACCCAGGGCCCCGAGAACUGCCACCUCACCCCAAGUACUCUGGAGAGGACAUCGCCUGGAUGAGCAAACUCCCAAUGACUCAGAUCAAGGAUGGUUGGUGGCAGGAUGCCAGGGAUAACAUUAUCCUCCCCGAGGCCUUGGGGCAGACAGUCUUGGAGCGAAUUCAUCGCAUGACCCACUUGGGUUCUAAAAGACUUCAGGCUCCUAUAAGGCAAUCCAAGCUACUCAUCAAAGAUAUCACCAGGAAGACAGAAGAUUACCUCAAGCUAGAAAGGGGGACCCUGCCGGGAGCCUACUGGGAAAUAGACUUUACAGAGGUAAAGCCUGGAAAAUAUGGCUAUAAGUACUUACUGGUGUUCAUAGAUACCUUUUCAGGUUGGACUGAGGCUUUCCCAACCAAGCACGAAACAGCACAGGUUGUAACAAAGAAACUAGUCAAGAACAUCCUGCCCAGGUAUGGCUUUCCUGUUGUAAUAAGAUCAGAAAAUGGGCCAGCCUUCGUUUCUAAGGUAAGUCAGGGACUGGCUUCCAUACUUGGGGUUAAUUGGAAAUUGCAUUGUGCAUAUAGACCUCAGAGCUCAAGACAGGUAGAGAGAAUGAAUAGAAUUAAACCGCUAAAUGUUAAAUUGACCAUGGAGACUGGUGCUAACUGGGUGGCUCUACUCCCCUACGCUCUGUAUCGCGCUCUGUAUUGGGUACGCAACACCCCAUACAAGCUGGGGCUCACGCCCUAUGAGAUCAUGUAUGGCAGGCCUCCUCCUGUCAUUCCCAAACUCAAAACCUAUCUCACAGAGUCGGACCUGGAUAACUCCCUCUUGUUUUCCCUCCAAGGCCUGCAGCAGGUCCACAAAAGGAUUUGGUCUAAACUGAAGGACUUGUAUAAGACAGAGCCACCGCCUGCACCCCACCAACUUUGCCCGGGGGACUGGGUCCUCGUCAAGCGACAUCAGCCUGAGAAUCUCGAGCCCAGGUGGCAAGGACCUUACCAGAUCAUCCUGGCCACCUCCACAGCCGUCAAAGUAGACAACAUCGCCACCUGGGUCCACCACGCUCACAUCAAACCAGUCGACCCCCUGUCAGAUCUCAUUGGGGAGCCUGACCAGGACAUCAGUUGGACAGUGGACCGCAGUAAGGACAAUCCUCUAAAACUAACCCUGCGCAGAAAACCUGACCCCCUGCUUCCCCAAUAA